AUGACUGCAACUUAUAAAAAUAUCUUUGGAAUAACUACCAGGAUAUAUACACCGCCAACUAUUACAACGUCAGAUACACCACCAGUUGAUAAAUCGUCAGAUACGCCGCCAACUGCUACAACGUCAGAGACAUCGCCAACUGUUACAACGUCAGACACAUCGCCAACUAUUACAGCGUCUGACACACCGUUAACUAUUACAGCGUCUGACACGCCGUCAACUGUUACAGCGUCUGAUACACCACCAACUGUUACAGCGUCUGAUACACCGCCAACUGUUACAACGUCAGAUACACCGCCAACUGUUACAACGUCAGACACGCCGCCAACUGUUACAACGUCAGAGACACCGCCAACGGUUACAACGUCAGAGACACCGCCAACUGUUACAGCGUCUGAUACACCGUCAACUGCUACAACGUCAGAAACACCGCCAAGUGUUACAACGUCAGCGACAUCGCCAACUGUUACAACGUCAGACACAUUGCCAACUAUUACAGCGUCUGACACACCGUCAACUGUUACAGCGUCAGAUACACCGCCAACUGUUACAACUUCAGAUACACUCCGAACUGUUACAGCGUCUGAUGCACCACCAACUGUUACAGCGUCUGAUACACCACCAACUGUUACAACGUCAGAUACACCGCCAACUGUUACAACGUCAGACACGCCGCCAACUGUUACAACGUCAGAGACACCGCCAACGGUUACAACGUCAGAGACACCGCCAACUGUUACAACGUCAGAUACACCACCAGCUGAUAAAUGGUCAGAUACGCCGCCAACUGCUACAACGUCAGACACAUCGCCAACUAUUACAGCGUCUGACACACCGUCAACUGUUACAGCGUCUGAUACACCACCAACUGUUACAGCGUCUGAUACACCGCCAACUGUUCCAACGUCAGAGACACCGCCAACCGUUACAACGUCAGAGACACCGCCAACUGUUACAGCGUCUGAUACACUGUCAACUGUUACAACGUCAGUAACACCGCCAACUGUUACAGCGUCUGAUACACUGUCAACUGCUACAACGUCAGAAACACCGCCAACUGUUACAACGUCAGACACAUUGCCAACUAUUACAGCAUCUGACACACCGUCAACUGUUACAGCGUCAGAUACACCGCCAACUGUUACAAGUUCAGAUACACCGCAAACUGUUACAGCGUCUGAUACACCACCAAUUGUCACAGCGUCUGAUACACCGUCAACUGUUACAACGUCAGAGACACCGCCAACUGUUACAACGUCAGACACGCCGCCAACUGUUACAACGUCAGAGACACCGUCAACUGUUACAGCGUCUGAUACACCACCAACUGUUACAGCGUCUGAUACACCGCCAACUGUUCCAACGUCAGAGACACCGCCAACCGUUACAACGUCAGAGACACCGCCAACUGUUACAGCGUCUGAUACACUGUCAACUGCUACAACGUCAGAAACACCGCCAACUGUUACAACGUCAGACACAUUGCCAACUAUUACAGCAUCUGACACACCGUCAACUGUUACAGCGUCAGAUACACCGCCAACUGUUACAAGUUCAGAUACACCGCAAACUGUUACAGCGUCUGAUACACCACCAAUUGUCACAGCGUCUGAUACACCGUCAACUGUUACAACGUCAGAGACACCGCCAACUGUUACAACGUCAGACACGCCGCCAACUGUUACAACGUCAGAGACAACGGCAACGGUUACAACGUCAGAGACACCGCCAACUGUUACAGUGUCUGAUACAUCGUCAACUGUUACAACGUCAGACACGCCGUCAACUGUUACAGCAUCAGAGACACCGCCAACUGUUACAACGUCAGAGACACCGCCAACUGUUACAACGUCAGAGACACCGCCAACUGUUACAACGUCAAAAACACCACCAGCUGCUGUACCAUCCAACACACCACCAGCUUCUAUAUUGUCCUCCUUUAGACCAUCAGCUAUACUGUCAUAUAUCAAGUCACGUAUUCAGUCAUAUUUGCCGGCACGGUCUUAUAGGUCGUGA